UGCUGGCUGUGGGCUGCCCUGCUUAUCCCUGCGGCUGCAGUCUACGAAGACCAAGUGGGCAAGUUUGAUUGGAGACAGCAGUAUAUUGGGAAGCUCAAAUUUGCCUCCUUGGAAUUUUCCCCGGGAUCCAAAAAGUUGGUUGUGGCCACAGAGAAGAACGUGAUUGCAGCCUUAAAUUCCCGGACUGGGGAGAUCUUGUGGCGCCAUGUUGACAAGGGCACGGCGGAAGGGGCAGUGGACGCCAUGCUGCUGUACGGACAGGAUGCAGUCACUGUGUCCAAUGGUGGGCGGAUCAUGCGUUCCUGGGAGACUAACAUCGGGGGCCUGAAUUGGGAGAUUACCUUGGACAGUGGCAGUUUCCAGGCACUUGGGCUGGUAGGCCUGCAGGAGUCAGUGCGGUACGUUGCGGUCCUGAAGAAGACCACUCUUGCCCUCCAUCACCUCUCCAGUGGGCACCUAAAGUGGGUGGAACAUCUCCCAGAAAGUGACAGCAUCCAUUACCAGAUGGUGUAUUCCUACGGCUCUGGGGUGGUGUGGGCCCUCGGCAUUGUUCCCUUCAGCCAUGUGAACAUUGUCAAGUUUAAUGUGGAAGAUGGAGAGAUUGUGCAGCAGGUCAGGGUUUCAACUCCCUGGCUGCAGAGCCUCACCGGAGCCUGCGGUGUGGUGGACGAGGCUGUCCUGGUGUGCCCUGACCCGAGCUCACGGUCCCUCCAAACCUUGGCCCUGGAGACGGAGUGGGAGCUGAGGCAGAUCCCACUGCAGUCUCUCGACUUAGAAUAUGCAAGUGGAUUCCAGCCCCGGGUCCUGUCCACACAGCCCAACCCAGUGGAUCCUUCUCGGGCCCAGUUCUUCCUGCAGUUGUCCCCAAGCCACUAUGCUCUCCUGCACUACCAUCACGGGGUCCUGAGUCUGCUCAAAAACCUCCCACAGACUGCCCUAGUGAGCUUCGCCACCACCGGGGAGAAGACAGUGGCUGCAGUCAUGACCUGUCGGAAUGAAGUGCAGAAAUCUAGCAGUUCUGAAGAUGGGUCACUGGGGAGCUUUUCGGAGAAGUCUAGUCCGCAGGACACGCUGGCUUGCUUCAACCAGACCUACACCAUCAACCUCUACUUAGUGGAGACAGGUCGGCGGCUGCUCGACACCACAAUCACCUUUAGCCUGGAACAGAACGGCACUCGGCCGGAGCGGCUGUACAUCCAGGUGUUCUUGAAGAAGGACGACUCCGUGGGCUACCGGGCCUUGGUGCAGACAGAGGACCAUCUGCUCCUUUUCCUGCAGCAGCUGGCAGGGAAGGCGGUGCUGUGGAGCCGGGAGGAGUCUCUGGCAGAAGUGGUGUGCCUGGAGAUGGUGGACCUCCCCCUGACUGGGGCGCAGGCUGAGCUGGAAGGAGAAUUUGGCAAGAAGGCAGCGAUUCAAGACGGCUUGCUGGGGAUGUUCCUGAAACGCCUCUCGUCCCAGCUCAUCCUGCUGCAGGCGUGGACCUCCCACCUCUGGAAAAUGUUUUAUGAUGCUCGGAAGCCCCGAAGUCAGAUUAAGAAUGAGAUCAGCAUUGACACCCUGGCCAGAGAUGAGUUCAACCUCCAGAAGAUGGUGGUGACAGUGACAGCCUCAGGCAAGCUUUUUGGCAUUGAGAGCAGCUCUGGCACCAUCCUGUGGAAACAAUAUCUCCCCAAUGUCAAGCCAGACUCCUCCUUUAAACUGAUGGUGCAGAGAACCACUGCUCACUUCCCCCACCCCCCACAGUGCACCCUCCUGGUAAAGGACAAGGAGACAGGAAUGAGUUCUCUCUAUGUCUUCAAUCCCAUUUUUGGGAAGUGGAGUCAGGUGGCUCCCCCAGUGCUGAAGCGCCCCAUCUUGCAGUCUUUGCUUCUGCCCAUCAUGGAUCAAGACUAUGCCAAGGUGCUGCUGUUGAUAGACGAUGAGUACAAGGUCACAGCUUUCCCAGCCACUCGGAAUGUCUUGCGACAGCUUCAUGAGCUAGCCCCUUCCAUCUUCUUCUACUUGGUGGAUGCAGAACAGGGACGGCUGUGUGGAUAUCGACUUCGGAAGGAUCUCACCACUGAGCUGAGUUGGGAGCUGACCAUUCCCCCAGAAGUACAGCAUAUCGUCAAGGUGAAGGGGAAGCGCAGCAGCGAGCACGUUCAUUCCCAGGGCCGUGUGAUGGGGGACCGCAGCGUGCUCUACAAGAGCCUGAACCCCAACCUGCUGGCCGUGGUGACCGAGAGCACAGACGUACACCACGAGCGCACCUUCAUCGGCAUCUUCCUCGUGGACGGUGUCACUGGGCGCAUCGUCCACUCCUCCGUGCAGAGGAAGGCCAAGGGCCCCGUCCACAUCGUGCACUCAGAGAACUGGGUGGUGUACCAGUACUGGAAUACCAAGGCCCGGCGCAACGAGUUGACCGUGCUGGAGCUCUACGAGGGCACUGAGCAAUACAAUGCCACCGCCUUCAGCUCCCUGGACCGUCCUCAGCUGCCCCAGGUCCUCCAGCAGUCCUACAUCUUCCCCUCCUCCAUCAGUGCCAUGGAAGCCACCAUCACAGAGCGGGGCAUCACCAGCCGACACCUGCUUAUUGGACUACCUUCCGGAGCCAUUCUUUCCCUCCCUAAGGCCUUGCUGGAUCCCCGCCGUCCGGAGAUCCCAACAGAACAAAGCAGAGAGGAGAACCUAAUCCCGUAUUCUCCAGAUGUACAGAUACACGCAGAGCGAUUCAUCAACUAUAACCAGACAGUUUCUCGAAUGCGCGGUAUUUACACUGCUCCCUCAGGCCUGGAGUCCACUUGUUUGGUUGUGGCCUAUGGCCUGGACAUUUACCAAACUCGAGUCUACCCGUCCAAACAGUUUGAUGUCCUGAAGGAUGACUAUGACUAUGUGUUAAUCAGCAGUGUCCUCUUUGGCCUGGUGUUUGCCACCAUGAUCACGAAGAGACUGGCACAGGUGAAACUCUUGAAUCGUGCCUGGCGGUAAAGACCCAAGAUCUGCCCGAGCGUGGAGAGCCGAGGGAGAGUCAGCAAAGCUCCAGCUGCAGUUUGACAGGGUGAUGGAGGAUGUGUGGGCGCUCAUCUUAGCUAAGAGUUGUGGGGGAGAAGGUGGACUCUCAUGGAGACUCCUUUUGGGAUAUGUCUGGUGCCAUCGGUGGAUGGAGGUUGAACUCUCUCUCAGCUGAGAAUCUCAAAGCAUCUUGAUGGAUUUUCCCCUGAAGUCCAAAGGCCAUUGCCCUAUUUCCUCUUUGUCCAUCUAUGAAAGUUCUGUGUGUUUUUUAUAAGAGCUCCCAACAGAGUUUUCUCUUUUAUGAGGCCUGUUCAAAUGGAUUUUGGUUUGCCGCCUGUUUCCCAGGUUAAAUUAGAAAUCUUUCUGUGUCCCUGCUUCUGGCUUGGGUGGGAAGGGAACUCUUACUGACCACUCCACCUUUACUGUUUACAUUGGGAGGAAGAAGAUCCGUCCUUCGCUAAAGUUUGAGCACUGAUCCACCCUCUCGUGGCUUCUCUGCACAAUAACUCCCGGUUGAGAAACCUAUAUUUGGUAUCAAUCUUAUUUGAAUGAAGCCUCUAGUUUCAUGUUCUCAUUCAGGUUGGGCCACGUAGUCUUUCAGUUUAUUAAAAGCCAAGUGUGUAAAUAGCAUCUUGGUUUGUGGAUCACUGCCCAGGUCUUUCACCUAAGGCAUGUGCAGGCUGAGGCCUUUUAAUACUACUGAAUCGUCUGAACCUUGAAGAGAUUUCAGGGGAGGGAGGAGCUAACCCGCCUGUUUGCAGUACCUCAUGAUCUCUCAUUUCACCCACAGCCUGGUCUCGCCAUCUGAUAACCUUGUUAGAGAAAGUCAUCCUGUUUAAGAACCUCAUUAUUUAUUUUUAGUUUUAUAUAAAUUGACCUGUGUGGGUCACUAGAUUGCUCUUAAAAUGAGAUUUCAAAUCUUACGGAUCUUUAAGGAAUGGAGAAAAAAAGGGCAGAGGUAGGAAAUUGGCAUUUUGUGGGUGAGGCAUUGUCGAUUGGCUGGGCUGUUGUCUCUGCUGCAAAAGAAAGAUGUCCUAAAAAUGUUCCCUUGUUCCCGGACUUAGGGAAUAAUGCGGCUUUUCUUUAUUGUGAAGAAUGAAAUGUACAGAGUAGACCUCUAGCCCUGUGGGGGGAGAGGUACAUUCAAGCGACUGAAUAAAGUGAGUGACAAACGGCA